GCUGUGAGCUACUUGGCGGAUCGUCCUCCAGCCGGUGCGCUGCUGUUGAAAGCGGUGAGCACGGCAGGUGUGGCCUUAGAUUCUGCUGCCACGGUGCCGAUGUCACAGGAACAGUCCAUGGAGACGCUACUGAUGUGGGCGACUACUGCGAAGGUGCCUUCUCGCCUCAGUGUGCGAAGGUUCGUUUUUGGUGCGACGUCUCGUGGCGCUUCAAAGACUUGGCAGGCCCAGUAUUGGGUGAACUUGGAGGAUGUUUUGAAAGGCUGA